AUGAGAUUUUCAAAUCAUCAGAGCAUUAUCAACUAUCUAACGAUGAUGUGCAUUAUGAUCAUUGGUGCAUCAUCAGUCAACAGUCCAGAGCAUGAAAAAGGCAAGGAGGUUGUAACCAACAAUCCACAGCAACGUCGACCAAAUAUGGCAGCAGCAAUGACAGCAUUAAUGCGAGCACAAUUUCAUGCCACAAGUUCAGCAUUUUCAGAAGAUAGAGCUUGGCGAACGGAUAAUCAAUAUCAUCGUGCAAUUGAAGUAGGAAAACUUGUUGCACAUCAACAACAAUUUAAAAAAGAACAAGAUGCAUUUCAUCGUGCUAUGAGUGGUGAACAGCACGUUGAAAGUACUCAUGCUCCUCAUCAACAGCCGGUAAUCAAAGAUGUCAAAGAAGAAGUUAGUGAAAAGAUCAAACCAAUUACAGAGAGAAAGCGUAAAAUAUUAAACAUCGGAGGAGAUUCAUCAGUAACACCUUCCAAACAAUUACAUAUCGGGCCAAGUACUGAUCAUCUUCAUCCAGGCACAGCUUCAACCAUUGACACAUCUUCAAAAGAUGGCCGCCGUAGAUCAAAAUCAAAAGAGAAAUACCCUGUCUUGGAAACAGGUUCAACCAAAGCAAAAGAAUCAAGUCAAGCUGGCACGGCCAGAGCAUCACAAACGCCGCCUAGAACACAGCAUAGUGGCAGAGCAACCGAAAAACCGAGAAAGAAGAAAGAAUCAAGUAUGUCAAGAGGCCCGAGAAAGCCAAAAGAUGAUCCGAUCACGGUAAAGUGUACCGAUAAAGCUAGCGAGAUGACAACCAUGAAAAAAGUUAAAACACCUCCUCCUUCUCCGUCGAGACAUGAAGCGCAUCCACAUAGAAGCUCGAUACGACACACCAAAGAAAGCUUGGUUGGUUGGGCAAAUACGGAUCCUGUACAACAUCCGCAUGCCGAACAUGAUCGACAGAUGAAGAUUGUCAAAAAAGCACCCGUCACCCGCUUAGACGAUGGUGCAUCAGCAGCCCAGAAAAUCUCGAAAAGUCAAAAGGAGGACCACAGUCAUAGCUAGAUUGUCUCGAACUGUUGUCACUCUGUCAAUUAUGUUCUACUUCAUUCUUCCCUCGCAC